GGACCAGGAGUAAGAUAUAGCAAGAGUCUCGUUAUCUGCAGUGAGACUUUGAGAAUAUGGAGUUCAAAAAAAGCUUGAACUUGGAGCUCCUAGUGGCUUUGCUCUUGAAUGUGUGUGUUUUUUGUAUCUCCGCCAAGCCCAUCCCUACCAUUAAUUGGGUUCUGACGGAAACUAAAUACACACGGUUGUGUAGCACAAAGAAGAUAUUGACAGUAAAUGGACUAUUUCCAGGGCCAACUUUGCGUGUCCACAAAGGUGAUAGAAUUAUAGUGAAUGUGAAGAACCAAGGCAAGUAUAAUGUCACCAUUCACUGGCAUGGAGUAGAGCAACCAAGAAAUCCGUGGUCAGAUGGACCAGAAUAUAUCGCACAGUGUCCUAUCAAACCAGGAGCAAAUUUCAGUUAUGAUAUCAUAUUCUCAGAGGAGGAAGGAACCUUAUGGUGGCAUGCUCACAGUGAUUGGAGUCGAGCCACAGUGCAUGGUCCGAUCAUCGUCUACCCUAAAGCUGGAACCACUUACCCAUUUCCCAAGCCCGAUGCAGAGUUUCCCAUUGUUUUGGCAUCAUGGUUUAAGGGAGAUGUGAUGGAAAUAAUUCAAGAAGCACUUAUAAGUGGAGAUGAACCCAACAAGUCGGAUGCUUUGACUAUCAAUGGUCAGCCAGGUGAUCUGUACAAUUGUUCUAAGCGAGGGACAUUCAAAAUAUUGUUUGAUUAUGGCAAGACCUAUCUUCUUCGGGUCAUCAAUUCAAUUAUGAACGAAGAAAUGUUCUUCAUGGUAGCUGGUCAUAAACUCACAGUUGUGGGAAUGGAUGGAGCUUACAUCAAACCCUUAAACACCAGCUAUAUCUUGAUAACCCCAGGGCAAGUAAUGGAUAUCUUAGUCACUGCAAAUCGGCGCCGAAGCCACUACUACAUGGCAGCGAGAGCGUCUGCUGGAGUUGUAUACGAUAACACUACCACAACUGCGAUUAUCCAAUACAGUGGAAACUAUACAAUUCCAUCAACGCCUAAAUUUCCUAACCUUCCUAAUUAUACAGACAUCGAUGCUGUAACGAAUUUUGUCCGUCGCAUUAAGGCCUUGGCAAGCAAGGAGCAUCCAAUAGAUGUCCCCAAAAAAGUUGAUACAAGACUCUUUAUAACUAUUUCAGUGGGCACACUACCGUGUGCUACUAACGGUUCUUGUACUGGACCCAAUGGCAAUAAACUAGCAGGAAGCUUGAACAAUGCUAGUUUUGAAAACCCAGAGAUUGAUGUAUUGCAAGCUUACUACAAAAAAAUUCAUGGAAUUUUCACCACAGAUUUUCCAGACAAGCCACCUAAUGUUUUCAACUUCACAUCCGAUGACUUGUCUGACGAUGUUGUGACCCCUACAGCGGGGACUAAGGUGAAGGUUUUGAAGUACAAUGCUAGUGUGGAGAUAGUGUUCCAAGGGACUAACGUGCUAAGUGCUGCCGAAAAUCAUCCAAUGCACUUGCAUGGUUUUAGCUUCUAUGUAGUUGGAUCGGGUUUUGGGAAUUUCAACAUCACGAAGGACCCGAAAAAUUUUAAUUUGGUUGAUCCACCUUUGCUAAACACAGUUGGGGUUCCUAAGAAUGGAUGGUCUGCCAUUAGAUUUAAAGCUGAUAAUCCAGGAGUUUGGUUCAUGCACUGCCAUUUAGAAAGACAUUCAAGUUGGGGUAUGGAUACAGUAUUGAUUGUGCGGGAUGGCCCCACUAGUGCAACAAGUAUUCGGAAACCGCCUUCGUACUUGAAUCCUUGUUAAUUUUCUCACCAAAUGGGAUCGGAGGAACAUCACACGCAAUUUGGCUUUGCUUGUCUCUAUUGUCAAGAGGAUCAGUUUCUUUCUACUUGCUACUUUUGAGGGGAAAAUAAGGGGCAUAAAUAUCUUAUAUUUGUCAUGAUAAAAUGUUGCAAAGCAUUAGGGUUUUCUCUACUAUUGUGCUUGAGACAAAAAAGAAAGAAAAAGAAGAAGAAGACUUGAAGAAUAUGUCCAGUCCAUUAAUUUCAUGUGUGAGAUAAGUUUCCAUUAUCUAUGUUGUUUAAUGCUUGGUAUUGUGAUUGUUGCUAAGGAUGUUGUCUUCAAAGUAUUUUUUGUUUUUGUUUUUGUUUUGGUGGGAUUUAAUCCCCUCAUCGAAUGUAAUUUUCAAAAUCAGUAUAGUAUGCUUCUUGUAAUUUUUGUUGUGCUCUACUUACUGAUAAAAAUUAAUUUUGUGCUCUUUUCA